AUGGCCUUGUCGGCAUAAUGCCACGCCGACAACAUAAGAAAUCCCGCAACGGCUGCCUAGAGUGCAAGCGCCGACAUAUCAAGGUAGUUUCCUCCCCCAAGGCUCGCGAGAAGACCGAAGUAACAGGGCCGUCAGUGCGAUGAACGUCGCCCCAUAUGUGCGCAAUGCACCACCUCGGAACGAAUCUGCGAGUUCUCCGAGCGACGUGCCAGAAUCAUCCCGACGGCUCCCUCCAGUGGGCACACGCCGUCUUCCACCACUGGGACCCCUCGGUCGGAGCAGGAACCGGAGCAGGACUCUCAUGAAGAACCCCCCGUCAACAUGCUGCAUGCAGAGCUGCUGUAUCACUUAGUCACCGAGACUCUCGACUCCCUCGGCAGAGGUAGCAGCCAUCCGGCAGGCCUUUUCUCAACCGAACUCAUGAAGUGCUGCUCUGAGGUGCCCUACCUCCUCAACGAACUCCUCGCCCUCGCGGCCACCCAUAUUAGUAUCAUCCGUCCCGCUCAGCAGGCGCGGUACCGCCAUCAUGCCGCCCAGUUACAGAAUCAUGCCUUGAGCUUUUUCCAUGCCAUCGGUCCCACCCUCUCGACCACCCCAGCGGCCUGCAUGCCACGCUUUCUCUUCUCCUCCAUCUUAGGCCUGCACACGUUGUGCGACACGCUCAUCUUCCGGGAUCCGGAUUUCAAUGCCUUUCUCGACCGUUUCAUUCACUAUCUCCGCAUACACCGUGGCGUACGCGCCGUCAUCGGCUCUAAUUGGCGCCAACUGGCCGAGUCCACGGCCCUCGGUCCGACCUUAGGCGACGCCGAGUCGCGAUUACAGGCUGACAAUGCCCCCCUGGGUCCCGAGUGCAGCCGACUGCUGGCGCUCACCAAAUCCGCCAAUCUAGGCCCCUCUAUUACCGCCACCUAUCAAGACGCCAUCGAGGCGUUGCAGUUGGCCAUGAACUCGGCCUCCUCCCUUGACUCUCUGGGCAGCUGCGCUCCCGGCCUUUUCUCUUGGCCCGCAACUGUGCCCCCCGAGUAUAUUGAACUGCUCGCGCUCCGGAGCCCCGACGCACUGGCGGUGCUGGCUCAUUACGGUGUGAUCCUGCAUGCCCAUCGCCAUCACUGGUUCGUGGGAGAUGGUGGGAGAUAUCUGAUCGAGUCUAUCCGCGAGUACUUGGGGUCUGACUGGGCGGAAUGGCUGGCAUUUCCGAUUCAUGCGUUGAGCCAGUCUACAACUCCCAUGGGUUGAUCAGUUCCUAAGGUCUCCCUCUUGCCCGGGACCAGGAGAGAUAAAAGGACCGCAGAUCUUAAAUCGAUAUGUGGGCUGCCACGGGUCCGUAGAAACCCAAUUAGACUCGGCUCAUGAAGGACCAUCGGCUUUCACCUAUAUCCAAGCUAGGGUGCACCUUACCGUCAGUUACAUCAUAGCUUGAACGCUCGGCUUCCCAGUUUCUGUAACCCAACCAAGCAGUGCAUCUCUCUCGAACUCUUCCAUGACCGCUGACGAUAAUGUAAUGCGGAUUUCCCAAAUGCUUUGCCCUGGAUUUGCAGACCUGCUGGGUAGGAUUAGGCAUAGACCAUCCGUCCGGCCGUCGAGAGUGUCAAAAUCCACCAUCGGACCCAUCUUUGAACCCCAGUCCCACCCAAAUAGAUCCAGUUUUCGGAGGCUAGAAAUGUUGGUAAUACCAGGAGCAAUCGAUAAUGAAGUGUAAUCAUCGCAAUUCUUCAUACGG